AGAAGAGGGCCGUUGACUGGUAAGGAUGCCUGCCCACAGUAUAGGUCACGUGGUCUACAAAGGACCGAGCAUCGUGAAGGAGAUUUGCUAUGGGCUUACUCUUGGCCUCUUUGCUGGAGGUCUUUGGAAGAUGCAUCACUGGAAUGAACAGAGGAAAACCAAGGAGUUCUAUGAUUUGCUUGAGAAGGGCGAGAUCGGUGUUGUGGUAGAGGAGUGAAAGGGGUGAUUUCUUUGUUUAUGAUAUUACACGAAGAAAGAGAAACUUUAAUAAAAAGCUUUGUGCUAUAUGAUGCUUUCCAAUGUUGGGUUUGGUUAGUGAACUGUAACUUUUCUCAUUGGGACCUGGAGACAAAACUCUAAUUCCCUGUAACAUUCCCUAUUCUGGUUUUUGUUAUAUGCCUACUUUAGGUUGCCUUUUUUUACAUUGGAAAGGGGUUAGGGUGGAGGCCUCAUGGUUGACAUACCCCGCAAGUUUUUUAAUAGGUUGGAUUCUGAGUUGAUGUUUCGGUUUUUC